AUGAGAGUUUCGGGGGGGGAACUAUAUGUAUCCGAUCGUGUGAUUUCCGGGCUCGAAUCGGAAUCGAAAGUUUUAGGGUACCAUGCCGAUAACGUGGCACCGGCAAUCAUGAGAGGUUUUGUAUUGAUUCGAAUCUAUGAUCCUUUGGAAUUGAUGCAAUUGAAGUUUCCAGAGGAAAAAGAUUUGUUUUUCGUAUUGGUGAAUCCCAAGUUCGAAGCUCCGACGAUGAAAAUGAGGGCGGCGUUGCCAGGUUUAGGCAAGGUAUUAUCGUCCAAUAAGAUAGUGGAGCCAAGGAGAGCGGCAUUGAUUCCAGGAAUGGAAGGCGUGAAGAAGGCGGCGAUGGAGGCCAGUGCGUUAGGGUGUACGAUCAGUGGUGCUGGGCCAACAGCCGUGGCUAUAACUGAUGAUGAGGAGAAAGGGAAGGUGAUUGGGGAGAGAAUAGUGGAAGCGUUUAUGGAAGGGGGGAAUUUGAAGGCUUGGACGAUGGUUAAGAGACUGGACCGGGUUGGUGCUAGGCUUGUGAGUAGUAUUUCCAGAUGA